GCCCCGGAUGAGGGCGGCGGUGCGGCGGCGCGGCGGCAGCGGCGCUGCGCCUGCGAACUGUGAGCGUCUGCGCCCGGCGGAGCGAAGCGAUCACGCGUGUCCGUGCCCCGCGCCUUUCUCCCUCUCUCUCUCCGCCUCUCGCCCCUCCGGGCCCGGUGGGAGCCGCAGCAUGGGCGGGAAGAACAAGAAGCACAAGGCGCCGGGAGCCGGCGCGGUGCGGGCUGCCGUGUCGGCCGCUAGGGCCAAAGCCGCCGCCGAAUCUGGGGCGGCGGGAGAGGCCCCAGGCAAGAAGCCGGUUCUCAGGCCGCCCCCCGUCACCGUCUCCGCCAAGGAGCCGCGCGUCAAGCAAGGUCCAAAAAUUUACAGUUUUAAUUCAGCAACUGAUUCUGGUGCACCUUCAAAUCUGGAUAAAUCUAUCUUGAAAGUGGUAAUUAACAGUAAACUGGAACAGAGAAUUAUUGGAGUAAUCAAUGAACAUAAAAAGCAAAAUAAUGAUAAGGGAAUGAUUUCUGGAAGACUUACUGCCAAAAAAUUACAGGAUUUAUACAUGGCUCUGCAAGCAUUUUCAUUUAAAACAAAGGACAUUGAGGAAGCCAUGACAAAUACUGUUUUAUAUGGAGGUGAUCUUCAUUCUGCCUUGGAUUGGCUUUGUUUAAAUCUUCCAGAUGAUUCCCUUCCGGAAGGAUUUAGUCAGGAGUUUGAAGAACAACAGCCUAAAAGCAGGCCAAAAUUUCAGUCUCCUCAAGUACGUGCUACGACUCCACCUCCUCAGCCACCUAGUACUAAAAAAAGGGAAGAUGAGCCUGAAGUUAAGCCAAAAAAUGUAGAAAAGGACAAAGAAGUGAAUAUGAAAGAAUGGAUUUUGCGGUAUGCUGAACAGCAGAGUCAAGAAGAAAAGACUGAGAAUUCUAAAAGUUUAGAAGAAGAGGAAAAAUUUGAUCCUAAUGAAAGAUACUUACACCUUGCAGCAAAGCUUCAGGAUGCAAAGGAACAGGCAGCUUCCUCUAAACUAGAAAAAAACAAGCAAGGCCAGAAGGAGGCACAAGAAAAAAUAAGGAAAUAUCAGAGGGAAAUGGAAACUUUAGAAGAUCAUCCCGUAUUCAAUCCAGCCAUAAAGGUUUCCCAGCAACAGAAUGAAAAAAAAAAACCAUCACUGCCUGCUGAAUCGGAAGGGACUUUGAACUUGAAUUUAUUUGAAAACUCUGUGGUUGCAGAAGAAGAAAAAGCAAAGAAGAAAGAUCCUCGUGAUGUGAGAAAUUUUGACUAUACUGCUCGAAGCUGGACUGGCAAAUCUCCCAAACAGUUUCUUAUUGAUUGGGUCAGGAAAAAUCUCCCCAAGAGUCCGAAUCCUUCCUUUGAAAAGAUUGCAGUUGGUAAAUACUGGAAAUGUAGAGUAAAAGUAGUUAAAUCUGAAGAUGACCUACUGGUGGUGUGUCCAACAAUUCUGACAGAGGAUGGCAUGCAAGCUCAGCAUCUGGGAGCGACUCUGGCUCUUUAUCGUCUAGUAAAAGGGCAGUCUGUCCAUCAGUUGCUUCCUCCUACUUAUCGAGAUGUUUGGUUGGAAUGGAGUGAAGCAGAAAAGAAAAAGGAAGAACUGAAUAAAAUGGAAACAAAUAAGCCUCGUGAUCAUUUUAUUGCCAAACUGCUUAAUAAACUGAAACAGCAGCAGCAGCAACAGCAGCAGCAGUGUGAAAAUAAAAAAGAUAUUUCUGAUGAUCCUGAGGAAUCCUGGGAAAAUUUAGUUACUGAUGAGGAUUUUACUGCACUUUCUCUGGAAACUUCCAACACGGAAGAUUUGGGACCUGUCAGAAACCUUUUUAGAAAGAUGCAAAGCACCCCCAAGUACCAAAAGCUGCUAAAGGAGAGGCAGCAGUUACCUGUGUUCAAGCACAGGAAUUCAAUUGUCGAAACUCUCAAAAGACAUCGAGUAGUGGUUGUGGCUGGUGAAACAGGAAGUGGCAAGAGCACCCAAGUGCCCCAUUUUCUUUUGGAGGACUUGCUGCUCAAUGAAUGGGGGUCAGGUAAAUGUAACAUCGUAUGCACACAGCCCCGAAGAAUCUCAGCAGUGAGUUUAGCAACUAGAGUGUGUGAAGAAUUGGGCUGUGAAAAUGGACCUGGUGGGAAGAAUUCCUUAUGUGGGUAUCAAAUUCGAAUGGAGUCUAGAGCUAGUGAUGCCACUAGGUUACUCUAUUGCACUACAGGGGUUCUGCUAAGAAAACUACAGGAAGAUGGGCUUCUGACAAAUGUGUCUCAUGUUAUUGUAGAUGAGGUUCACGAAAGAAGUGUCCAGUCAGACUUUCUACUAAUUAUACUGAAGGAGAUUUUGCAGAAACGUUCAGAUCUACAUUUGAUUUUGAUGAGCGCUACUGUAGACAGUGAGAAGUUUUCUACAUAUUUCACACACUGCCCUAUUCUCAGAAUUUCAGGAAGAAGUUAUCCUGUUGAGGUUUUUCAUCUUGAAGAUGUAGUAGAAGAAACAGGCUUUGUACUGGAGAAGGACUCAGAAUAUUGUCAGAAAUUUCUGGAAGAGGAAGAGGAAAUAACUGUUAAUGUAACAGGCAAAGCAGGAGGAAUCAAAAAGUAUCAGGAAUACAUACCAAUACAGACUGGUGCUUGUGUUGAUAUAAAUCCUUACUACCAGAAAUACAGCAACCGAACUCAGCAUGCUGUGCUCUAUAUGAAUCCCCAUAAAAUCAAUUUGGAUCUCAUUUUGGAGCUGCUUGCAUUCCUAGAUAGAAGUCCCCAGUUCAGGAAUGUAGAAGGAGCAGUAUUGAUUUUUUUACCUGGACUUGCUCACAUUCAACAGUUGUAUGACCUCCUAUCAAAUGACAGGAGAUUUUAUUCUAAAGACAGAUAUAAAUUGAUAGCACUGCAUUCUAUUCUUUCAAACCAAGAUCAAGCAGCAGCAUUCACAAUUCCACCUCCAGGAAUCAGAAAGAUUGUUUUAGCAACAAAUAUCGCAGAAACAGGCAUCACCAUUCCAGAUGUUGUGUUCGUAAUUGAUACUGGGAGGACAAAAGAAAAUAAAUACCAUGAAAGCAGUCAAAUGAGUUCACUAGUGGAAACUUUUGUCAGUAAAGCUAGUGCUCUACAGCGCCAAGGAAGAGCUGGGCGGGUUCGAGAUGGAUUCUGCUUCAGACUAUAUACAAGGGAAAGAUUCGAAGGUUUCAUGGACUAUUCAGUUCCAGAAAUCUUGCGUGUACCUUUGGAAGAGUUAUGCCUUCAUAUUAUGAAAUGCAACCUUGGUUCUCCUGAAGAUUUCCUCUCCAAAGCCUUAGAUCCCCCUCAACCUCAAGUAAUCAGCAAUGCAAUGAAUUUACUCCGAAAGAUUGGAGCCUGUGAACUAAGUGAGCCUAAACUAACUCCACUGGGCCAGCACCUUGCAGCAUUACCAGUGAACGUCAAGAUUGGAAAGAUGCUCAUUUUUGGUGCUAUCUUUGGCUGCUUAGAUCCUGUGGCCACAUUAGCUGCAGUUAUGACAGAGAAGUCUCCUUUUACUACACCAAUCGGCAGAAAAGAUGAAGCGGAUCUUGCAAAAUCAACUUUGGCUCUGGCAAAUUCAGAUCACCUGACCAUCUAUAGUGCAUAUUUAGGAUGGAAAAAAGCUCGACAGGAAGGGGGGUAUCGUUCUGAAAUGGCUUACUGCAGGAGGAACUUUCUUAAUAGAACAGCACUGUUAACUCUAGAGGAUGUAAAGCAGGAAUUAAUAAAGCUAGUCAAGGCAGCAGGAUUUGCAUCCUCUACAACCUCUAAUGGCUGGGAUGCAAACAGAGCCAUCCAGACCCUAUCUCUGCAGGAAGUAGCCCUUCUUAAAGCUGUUCUGACUGCAGGGCUCUAUGACAGUGUGGGGAAGAUUAAUUACACAACAUCAAUAGAUAUCACAGAGAAAUUGGCUUGCAUUGUGGACACAGCCCAAGGCAGAGCCCAAGUUCACCCAUCUUCUGUGAACAGAGACCUACAAGUUUAUGGAUGGCUGUUAUACCAGGAAAAGGUAAGGUAUGCCAAGGUGUAUUUGAGAGAAACCACUCUCAUCAGCCCCUUUCCAAUUUUACUUUUUGGCGGUGAUAUAGAAGUACAGCAUCGGGAGCGUCUUCUCUCUGUGGAUGGCUGGAUUUACUUUCAGGCCCCUGUGAAGAUUGCAGUUAUUUUCAAACAACUAAGAGUACUUAUCGAGUCUGUUCUUCGAAAAAAGCUUGAAAAUCCUAAAAUGUCCCUUGAAGAUGACAAGAUAUUACAAAUCAUUACAGAAUUGAUAAAAACGGAACACACUAACUGAAAAUAGAGCUUGGUGUCGAUUGUAAUGGUGUCACAGUUGGGAAGAUUUGAUAGUGGAAUUAUGUGAAAAUGGUCCAUCCUCAAAGUAUUUAAAUAUUUAAAUUGUUGAUAACUAGCCAUACCUUGGAAGAAAAAGCACAUACUUUACAUGUGUGAUUUUCUAUUUCCUUUUUCAUGAUGACGACUAAAUGUAUUUACCAUUAUUUACAAUAAAUUUUUUUGGUGCCAUAUGUUGGAUGUUUUUGUGUCCCUAGAGGACUAUUCACCUCUUGACCUUCCGGUGCCAAGGAUUCUUUGGAGCCUCCUUUGAUAUUUGGGAAGACAUUUAGUUUUUGCCAUCUUGAAAUAUGAUUGACAAAGGCUCAUUCUGUUUCCCAUUUCCUAUUUUACCUCAAGUUGCAUAGCAGCCUAUGGAACAGUUUUGUGUCACUUCUUCAAAAUCAGUGUAAUGAACCAUUUUGAGGAUCAAGAGCAAUAACUAGAAUACUGAUGACAAAAUUACCCUUGCACUGUGACUGCUGCCAUCAUUUAAUUAUCUUCCAGCCAUGUUAUUGGGGUUCUCCAUUUCUACAUAGCUCCUAACUUAGAAAUAUUCUUAGUUACAAAUGACCUACACCCACUAUUUUUCAAAGGAAGAAAUCCAAAAUAUAAGUAAUAGCUAUGUGAAAAAUGUUCCAGAUCAUUAGUAGAGAAAUGCAAAUUAAAGCAACUCUGAGAUUCCAUUUCACACCCAUACGAAUGGUACAGCAAACAAAAAAGGGAAAUUUCAAAUGUUGGAAGGGGCCUCAAGAAAACAGAUACAUUAAUGUACUGUUGGUGGAGCUAUGAAUUGGUCCAGCCAUUCUGAAAAGCAAUUUGAAAUCAUGCUUAAAAGUCACUAAAUGUGAAUACCCUCUACCCAGCACUUCCACUUCUAGACAUAUCCCAAAGAGAACAAAGAAAGUGAGAAACACUGUACAAAAAAAUAUUUGUGGCAGCUCUUGUGUUGGUGAAGAAUUGGAAACUGAGGAAGUACCCCUCAAUUGGAGAGUGGCUGAACAAAUUGUGGUAUACAAAUGUAAUAAAAUGCUGUUGUGUUGGAAGAAAUGACAAAAGGGAUGGUUUCAGGGAAACCUUGGAGGACUUAAGUAAACUACACAAUAACAACAUUGUAAAUUCAAACAACUUUGAAAGACUUAAGAACUCUGAUCAGUGUUAUGACCAACCAUAUUCCAGGGGACUGAUGAUGAAACAUGCGACUUAACCUCCUGACACCUCAGAGGCAGUGGACUCCAGAUACAGACUGAGGCAUGCAUUUUAGAUGUGGCCAGGGGUAGUAUUUGUUUUGUUAGAUAUUUAAGGAGUUACGAGCAAACUAGACUACCAUCUGGAUCAAGUGGUGCAAGGGGAAGAUGUGUUUCUGUUAUCCCUUGUUGAAAGUGGGAGUGCAUUUUCCCAGAGGAAAAAAUGUUAUUAGAUGGAGUUCAAAUAGUACUAUUUAAUAUGACAUUUUAAGUAUGUUACAGGUUAAAUAUGCUUUUGUGGACUUGCCUGGGAACUUAACCAUCGUUUAAAAUACUGUUUCUUUGGGUAAAUAAAUUUUAAGUUUCAGA